CCUCUGUCCAGGCAUGCCAUGAAUUUGAGGACAGCUGGAUUCUAGAGCAAAAAGCAAGACACGCUGGUGUGUUUAUGUACCUGGCAUGUCACCCCCAAAUUGUGAGACAACCCCCUCUCACAAUCUCUCCCUUACUUUGGAACCCUCCUCCACCUUUUCACUUUUAUCUCCUUGGGUAGAAGAAAAGUAUGGUCGACAAGGGGGAACCUUGAUAAUAUAGGGACCUUUCCCUUCACCCUUUUAAAUACCAACAAAUGUCCCUCCUUUCUGAAGGGUUGGGGCUGUAUUUUUAAGAGCCAGCACAAAUUGUCAGACAGGAAGACUCUUCAAUCCCCUAACGAGGCUCAUGUAUUAACUAACAUGCUGUCUCCACCAGCUCCUACACACUGUCUGCUUUUGGGUUCGAAACUUUAUUUUUCCCCCCUAGCGACACUCCAGGGAAACCUUAACGUUACAGAAGAUGAAUAAACGGGUUUUUUCCCAGCAUAGUCCCGUUUAUGGCUUUAUUGCUACCCAUUGAUUACUCCGCUUUGUUACACAGAAGGAAAAGAUCAUAAAAUCCGGCGACAUCCGGGUUCUUGUUAUAGCCACCCCCCCCCCCAAAAUGGUGAAGAGAAAAUAUGAGCUUACACUGCUGCCUUCGCCAGCCCCACCGCCCCCUCUUUGUCAACUCAAAGCAUUUUCAGCCUAUGUCACGAUAUCAAAUGAAGUUUGGAUUAAUCAGGAGAAAAUCCACAUCUGCACACCUUCCGCUGUUUCAGUUCGCCCACUGCGGCUCGUGCUCAGCUGCCUUUUCCUAACCUUCUCUUCCUUUUUCUCGGCCCCAAGGUGGAAAGAAAAUGGGGGUAGGGGCUGCUCAGAGGCCCGGCUCCGCCAGGUGUGGCUGGCCCUUGAGUGAGAACUCCCCAGGAGCCCUUUUCUGGAAUCUCCCAAGCCCCAGAGCUCAGGUCCAGGGGUGCCUCCCUUGGCAGGCGCAGGGGGCUUCUGACCUGUGUAGGGGCUUGAGCCUGCAAGACGCUGACUGUCCUUCAGACCCCCACCAGCCUUCUCUGUCUGCCUGGAUCUUAUGUGAAUUACCCCACCGGCCCUCGCUGGCUCCAAAUCAUAAAUUCUCACCAACAUAAACAGGAGUUGAUGUGUCUAGAAAGAUUCUCAGAGUUCUUUCUUCUUCCUUUUUUCCUUUCUGUCUCUCUCUCUCUCUCUCCCACCUUUUACUCCUUUCUCUCUCUCUUUCUAUUGUAUUCUCACACAUUUUCCCUUUUAGGCCAAAAUGCUGCAAGAGUUGCCCCCAGAAGGGGGGUUCUGAGAGGCAGAAGGGGGCUAAGAGGAAGAGGAAAGCAGAUGCAUGGCCCCUUUGCCCACUUCAGCUCCGCCACUGUAUCCUGAAGUCUCAUCCUUUCCCCUUUAGACUGACUUACUCCCUACAUCCCCCUUAUACCUAAGACUAUCAGCCACAUUCUCCUUCCUCUGAGCACCACGUUUUAUGGAGUUGCUUUCUACUUCUGAUUUUUUAAUUAUGGGGUGGGGGGGAGAGUGGAAUACUGGUUUAGUGAUGAGGACUCACUCCAUGGAGGGUCAAACCAGGAUUUCCUGCAGGAUUUCUGGGGAUUCCCCCCUGAGCUGGGAAGGGGCUCCUCCCAUGGAGAAAUCAGAGUGUACUUUUAGAAGGGGGAAGAGAUAAAAGGUGAAAUCAGAUCGAAAAAUAGAGGGACCUCUCCAGCCCUGGCUGUAGCCACAGCGCAGUAAAGUUAGCUGGGGCUGAGAGAUUUCCUAGCAGUGUAGCUCCUCUUUCCUGGGCCCCAAGGCCCUGCUAACGCCUGUUCACCCUUCCCUCACCUCCAAAUCAGUUCCCCAACAUAUAUAUUUUUAAAAGAAAUCCAAGUCUUACUUUCAAAGCACACACUUAGUCUCAACUAGGGAAUCAACAGAAGCAGAAGCGAUUUUUUUCCCCCUUCUUGACAUCUGGCUUGCGAUUGGCUGGAAGAGGGUCAGCUGACUUUGUCAUUUUGUCUGUCCUGGAUUGGAGCCGUCCCUAUAACCAUCUAGUUCCGAGUACAAACUGGAGACAGAAAUAAAUAUUAAAGAAAUCAUAGCCCGACCAGGUAAAGGCAAAGGGAUGAAUUCCUACUUCACGAACCCUUCCUUAUCCUGCCACCUCGCCGGGGGCCAGGACGUCCUCCCCAACGUCGCCCUCAAUUCCACCGCCUAUGAUCCAGUGAGGCAUUUCUCGACCUAUGGAGCAGCCGUUGCCCAGAACCGGAUCUACUCGACUCCCUUUUAUUCGCCACAGGAGAAUGUCGUGUUCAGUUCCAGCCGGGGGCCGUAUGACUAUGGAUCUAAUUCCUUUUACCAGGAGAAAGACAUGCUCUCAAACUGCAGACAAAACACCUUAGGACAUAACACACAGACCUCAAUCGCUCAGGAUUUUAGUUCUGAGCAGGGCAGGACUGCGCCCCAGGACCAGAAAGCCAGUAUCCAGAUUUACCCCUGGAUGCAGCGAAUGAAUUCGCACAGUGGGGUCGGCUAUGGAGCGGACCGGAGGCGCGGUCGCCAGAUCUACUCGCGGUACCAGACCCUGGAACUGGAGAAGGAAUUUCACUUCAAUCGCUACCUAACGCGGCGCCGGCGCAUCGAGAUCGCCAACGCGCUCUGCCUGACCGAGCGACAGAUCAAAAUCUGGUUCCAGAACCGCCGGAUGAAGUGGAAAAAAGAAUCCAAUCUCACGUCCACGCUCUCAGGGGGCGGCGGAGGGGCCGCGGCCGACAGCCUGGGCGGAAAAGAGGAAAAGCGGGAAGAGACAGAAGAGGAGAAGCAGAAAGAGUGACCAGAACUGUCCCUGCCACCCCACUCUCUCCUUCUCCCUUGCCCCCCCUCCAAUUCCCUCCUAAUCACACCCUCUGUAUUUAUCACUGGCACAACUGAUGUGUUUUGACUCCCUAACACAAAAUUAGGGAGUCAAAUAUGGACCUGAAAGUCAACUCUGGACCCCCCUCCCUCACCGCACAAACUCUCUUUCACCACGCGCCUCCUCCUCUUUGCUCCCUCGCUAGCUCGUUUCUCGGCUCCUCUGCAGGCCCCUUCCCGCCCCACCCCCCAGGCCUUGGGGGCUCCGUCCCUGAACCUCGCUUCAGCUCCACAGACCUCCCUUCAAAUGAGGACUUGGCCUCCCACCCCCUCGGCGCCCCCACCCCCGCCCCUGCGCGGAGAGCUGGCUCCCGAGCCGGGGCCUCCGCUCCGGGGCCUCAGGGCCCGGCCUGGCAGCCAGGGAGGGCGGGAGGCCCAAGGAGAGCACGUCGUGGCCCCACCGCAACCCCCAGGGCCUCCCCGCAGCCCCUGCCCGGCCCCUCUGCCCCAGGAAAUGCCCAGCCCAGGCAAAUUGUAUUUAAAGAAUCCUGGGGGUCAUUAUGGCAUAUUACAAACUGUGACCGUUUCUGUGUGAAUAUUUUUAGCUGUAUUUGUGGUCUCUGUAUUUAUAUUUAUGUUUAGCACCGUCCGUGUUUCAAUCCCAUCUUAAAAGGGGAAAAAAAGAGGGAAAAUUACAAAAAGAGAGAAAAAAAAGUGAAUGACGUUUGUUUAGCCAGUAGGAGAAAAAAAAUAAAUUUAAAAAAAUCCCCUCGUGUUACCCUCCUGUACAAAUCCGACCUCUGGAUCCGUUCUCGAAUAUUUAAUAAAACUGAUAUUAUUUUUAAAAGUUUA